AUGAUUGCCCCGGAGUUAGUUCAAGCCUUGUGCCGCCUGGUAGUGACGUGCAAUCAGUUGGAGCCUUUGCGCUCCCUGACAGUCUGGAUCUCGGUUUUGGACCUCAGCCACAGCAUGAAGAUGUGGUCCUGUGCCCAGUAUGUUUUGCACAAGUCCGAUGAAACGUACUUGCAACAGAAAGACAAGACUAUGAAUGGAGCGCUUGCAAAGUGGAAGUUUUUGGUUUUGACCGAUACACGUUUCUCCGAAGUUGGCAGACAGUUGGUAGAUGCAGACGAUGAACAGAUAGCUCUGGUGCUGACCUCAGUCAUGGGAGUGAAGUCACCCAACACGGUGUUGAAGAGGGCAGGAGCCAUGAUGAUGUAUUACAGGUGGCAUGCAGUACAUGGAUUGGAAAAUUGGCUGCCAUUCGAUGAGAGCAUGGUGUGGCAGUAUGUGAUGUAUCAGUCUGCAACUUGUGGGGCAGCGUCACGAUCUCAGUCAUUUGUUCAAGCGCUUCGGUUCUCACACUAUGUCAUGGGUUUUGACAAUGCCUUGCACUGCGCAAAUUCCAGGAGAGUUGUUGGCCAGGCACAGUUGCAGUUGUCCUCAAAGGCACCCACACGUCAGGCCAGGCCUCUUACGGUGUUGGAGGUGAAGGCAUUGCAUGCGAUUGCAGAUGGGGUAAGCCAUUCAGUGGUUGAUCGAUGUAUGGCGUCGAACUUGCUGUUAGCACUUUAUGGGAGAUGCCGAGUCUCUGACUUGAACUUCGUACAUGAAGUUUUGCAUGACGUCUCUGGAGGCUCAGGGUUUUUGGAGGUGUCGACCAGAUACCACAAAUCUGCAAGGUCGGCUCAGCAAAAGGCGCUGUUGAUGCCUAUUGUGAUGUCUAGCAGUGGUGUCGCAGAUCUACCGUGGAUCCAUUCAUGGAUAUCAAAUCGAAAAGCCUGCGGCCUUGCAACUUCUGGUCUGGUACAAGGAGCUUUGAUGCCAGCACCCUGCUUAGGUGACAGGGUAACCUGGAUGAAACGCCCGCUGUCGCCCGGAGAGGUCACAAACAUCCUGAAGGGAUUCCUCUCUAGUGAUGACCCGGCUCUUUCCAGUCACAGCCUCAAGGCCACCACCUUGAGCUGGGCAUCAAAGGCAGAAAUCCCACGCGAGCAACGUCGCAUUUUGGGGCGACACAGUUCAGCAGUGCAAGGUGCUGACUCUUACUACAGUCGUGACAUCAGCAUUGGUCCCGUGAAUUCCUUGCUGAAAGUCAUCAACAUGGUCAAAGAUGGCACUUUCAUGCCUGAUGCCUCCAGAGCAAAUUAUUUUCCUGCAGGUGGCGGCAAGUCGUCGAGCACACCUGCCCAUGUGGUCAUGCAGCCGUUCACACCGGCAUAUUUGGAGCGGGGACAGCCUGCCACUCCAAUGGGGCCCAUGGGUGUGCCUGGUGCGGAGCGUGGACAAUCUACAGUGCCUGCGCCAGUUUCGCCGGCAGCCGUGUCCGAUGUGAAGAGUGAGGCGAGCUGGAGUUGCAUCGGUGCCGGACAGGGCCUUGGAGUGAUUGAGCUGUCGUCUGACUCCGAUACAGAGAGCUCAGAAAGCAACAGUGUAGCAGGAUCUUCUGAUGAAGAUGAUGCCAUUGACCUUGAGUCGGAGCCUGAAGGUGACGUGCGCUAUGCUGGAUGUGAUGAAUCAGCUCAUGGCAUCGUUGCCAGGAACACCAAGACGAAGGUGGUGCAUGAAUGCAGAGACAAGUCAUGUGUGGCGUUUACUUGCCAAGAUGACUUCAUGAAGUCCAUGGAAGGGAGGCUCACAUUGUGUGGCAGGAUGAUCACAAAGAACUAUGGUUUGAUUUGCGGUGCCUUCGAUUGGACGGCGAAGUGCAGGGUCUGCUUCAAGGGGCGCAGAGACCCAAACAGGUUGGACUGA